CUCAGUCGAACUGAAAUGCGUGACGUACUUCCUCUUUGAAAGAAGCAAUGGCGUCUAGCGGUAAGGUUGUUGCUUCCAGCAAUGAAGAGGAAACCACAGAGACUCCAGCAGCACAGAAGAGAGAAGAGAAACUCAGAAAGUUCAGAGAGCUUCAUUUCAAGAGGAAUGAGGCUCGUAAGCUGAAUCAUCAGGAGGUGGUGGAGGAGGACAAGAGGCUGAAGCUGCCGUCAAACUGGGAGGCCAAGAAAGCCCGUCUGGAGUAUGAACUCAUGGUGGACCAAAAGAAGAAGGAGUGUGCGGAGCAAGGUGAGGACUACGACCGUGUAAAGCUCCUGGAGAUCAGCGCUGAAGAUGCAGAGAGAUGGGAGAGAAAGAAAAAGAAGAAAAACCCAGAUCCAGGAUUCUCAGGCUACGCUGAGGCCCAGCUGAGACAGUACCAGAGACUGACGAAGCAGAUCAAGCCAGAUAUGGAGAACUAUGAGAGACAGAGAGAGGAGUGUGGAGAAGAUUUCCACCCCACCUCCAACAGUCUGAUUCACGGCACUCACGUCCCGUCUAAGGAGAGCAUCGACCGCAUGGUGGACAAUGUGGAGAAACAGAUUGAAAAACGCUCUAAAUACAGUCGCCGCAGGGCCUACAACGAUGACGCUGACAUCGAUUAUAUCAACGAGAGAAAUGCUAAAUUCAACAAGAAGGCUGAACGUUUCUACGGCAAAUACACUGCAGAGAUCAAACAGAACCUGGAGAGAGGAACAGCCGUGUAACUAUGGAGACUGUUACUAUGGAUACCCCCCCCCCAUUCGCCAAGCAGUAAGAAAUCAUGUACAAAUAUUUUUAAGAAAUGCUCCUUUGAGAUUCUUCUUCUCUGUAGUGGUCUUGUGAAUUAUUUUUAUUUUUCUCUUUACAAAUUGAAUCUUUUUAUUUCAGGGAAAAAUAUUUGCCUGCAGUGUCAAUGUUUUACUUUGUAAAUCCAUUCAUUUCCUCAGC